AUGCACGCCGUUCCCCGUGUCCCCCAAAUUUCAGUCUCACUUGCUAUCGAAGAGCCUAUGGCCCCCGAGCCAUACUCGCCAUUUUCAUGGACAUCAUCGAGUCCUGUCGAAGACGAUGGCUUCCGACCGAGCCACCUAUCCCCUCCGCCGAGCUCUACGAGCCCGAGAUUUAUUCGUCAACGAUCGCCACUCAACCCCUCUCAAGUUCCUUCGGGCCAGGGUAUAGAGCGCGAACGUUUUGAAGCUUUACUUCAGGCUUCCAAGGAGCGAAAUGCAGUUGGUAGCAAGAAGGGAAACGAUCUCCGCAAGGAGAUCGCCCUCAAAGCCCAUAGCAAGAAACAAGUCGAGCGUCGAGCGUUGUUUCUGUCAAAGGUUUUGGCCCCGCCUUCGCCCACUAGUACACUCCUACCCAAGACUCCCCCGGAAUCUCCUGCCAUUUUCAAUUAUACACUUCCUUCUCCCGGCCUGGUUUCGCCCCUUGCUUUAUUUGAAUCCUUGAACGAGAACCCCGCGUUUGGCCCCUUGGGUUAUCGAGAGCCAUGGGUCGAACAAGUCGAUUUCCGCCUCCCCAAGAAAGCCCCAUCAGUCAUCCCGACUACCCACGCCCGCCAAGCAAAGCCCAUUCCGUCCCUUGACCAGAUUACCGCCAGACUUUCUUCCAAGGGCCACGUUCGCACUCCCAGUGCCGAGAGAAAACGACUCGCUGCUUUCAUUGCCCAGGCGAAUGUUGGCCGUCUUCAAAUGCCUAUUCGAGCUCCUUCACCGGAUAUGCCCCCUCGUUCGCCUUGCUAUCCGUUGUCGCCCAAACUCCAGAUUACGACUCUGGUCGUUCCUCGCACUUCGUCUUCUUCGCCCACUGCACUCUCCGAGUCCAAUCUUCUUGCCUUGAACUCACGUGAGCAGCGCGCCAAGAACAUGUUGUCGACUAUCAGGAAACGAACAGAACAUGGUCUCCCCAGCCUCGACCUCGACCGCAAAUGGAAGCGUCGCAGUGCUCCCGCUGAGCUUAGCCCCCGCGCUCGCUCCGGUUUUGAGCAUCCAGUGCUUGCCAUGGUUGGUGGCUUCUAG